GUUGGGGAUUUGCAUCAGUUGACAAGCUGUGCUGUUCCUGAGGGCCAGCAACCCAUCCCGGGAAAGAAGUGAAGAGAGGAGAAUAUGAUUUCUAAGCUAAUUUGUUAAUAAACAGUAGCAAACAGGUGCUGUUGUCAUGUUGCUGCCACUAUGUCUGGUGGUGCAUUUGAUUAUGCUCUUUCCUGGGAGAAGCUGGAGUCCCUGGAAAGAUGCUCAUAAUGAUAGUUACUCAUGGAGCCACUCUCUGCAGGUAAUGGGAGAGAAAUUUGAGGAGUAUGUUAGGACCAUUUAUCAUCUACUGCAAACACUUGAUGACUGGAUGGAAGAGCAUCUGGGGUUUUUAGAAAAGUUGGUAAAUGAUCAUGUCAAGAAGUUCCAGGAAUGGCUGGAGGGAUAUAUCAAGGCUCUCAGUAUGUGGCUUAAUAUGUACUUUUGGACUCUCCAAGAAGAUCCUGACCCAUAUACUGAAGAUGUUGACUAUAAGUUGGGCAAAGAGAUCCUAGUCCAUGACAAAUGUUGGGAGGAACAUAUUGACAAAGCAGACACAUGGCUGGACUACAUCAACAUUACUCUGUACAAGUGGUUGGAUGAAGAUCCUCUGAGCUUCUACAACACACUGCAGGACAGUCACAUGGGCAGCUCACUGCAAGACUAUUCUGAAAUUCACAACCAACACUUAGAAGACCAAAUCAAAAUCCUAGGACAGUUAUUGGACAACUACACAGCAACCAUCAGUAAAUGGCUAAAGGGGUAUGCUACAGUGAAAGAAGCACCUUCCCAGAAAUAUGGCUGGAACUUGCUACAUUUGGGUCCAGAGGUACAAACAUUAGGAAGAGCACAAGCAACAGCACUGCAAGGUAAGUGCCUCCAUUUCAUUAAACGGCUGGAAGAAGGUCUUGAUGCCUUAGAACACUGGCUGUGGGAUACCAUCGAUGAGCAGCCCAAGAAAAAUAAAACCUUGAAGGCACUGUCAAGUGCUUUUGGAUAAGUUCUGCAUGGCAUCCCGCCCCAUGAGACUAAACUAAAACUUCUGCUGUGGAUUUCUGCAAUCAACAUACUUCCAGGUUAUCAUAUCUUAAUGAGAAUAAAACUCAAGGAAACAUC